UGCAUAUGCAAAGUGUUCAAAUAUAUUCAAACUUAUAUUUAUGUUUAUACUGUCUACUUUGACUGCUUAAGGCGUCCGCGUUUAGACUGUGCCGUUCAAAAUGUCUGCCCCCAUUGAGGUACUGUUUACAAGUGAUUUGUCAGGUCAGUUAUGGAAUACUUGUGUUUGGGAUAUACACACUGGUACUAGUCUGACAUUUUACAAAGGUGAAAGUACCAAUCAUCGGGGAUUGUGUAUCCUUGGUAACCAGUAUUUACUGGGAACAUCAUGUUCUAAACCUCUCAUUCAUGUCUGGGCCUUACAAAGAAGGGAGCAGCAUCAGUUGAAGAUUAUCUGUCCUGGCAGAGUUACUGCCCUUGCUGUAUCACCUGAUGGGACAUACUGUAUUGCUGCAGUGGGAGAAAAAAUUCAUUUAUGGCAGGUGUGUACAGGAAAUUUGAUGUCAGUUUUGAGUCGUCAUUACCAGACAGUGAAUGUUUUAAGAUUUACAGAUAACUGCAGUCAUUUUAUAUCAGGGGGAGAAGAUAAUCUAGUGAUUGUAUGGUCACUUGUUAGUGUUUUAUCAUCUAUCAACAAUCCGACAAGGAAACCAGAGCCUGUGAGGAUAUGGUCAAGUCAUUCAUUACCUGUAACAGAUGUACAUGUAGGUAAAGGUGGAAGCAGAUCUCGUGUUGUCUCAUCAUCUCUUGACCAAACCUGCAAGAUCUGGGAUAUGGUAUCUGGAGAACUGUUGCAAACAGUUGUGUUUCCAACCAGUUUAAUGUCUGUCACAAUGGAUACAGCAGAAUAUAGAUUGUUUGCUGGGGGCAGUAAUGGAGAUGUUUAUUGUAUAAAUAUGUAUGGUCAGCCAAUAAGAACAGAGAGACAUAUAGAAUCACAUGACCAGGAGGGUGUUUCUUGUCUGAAAGGGCACAGCAAACAAGUAACAAAUGUUAGUGUUAAUAUAGAUGGUACCAAGGUGGUUUCUGGGUCACAUGAUCACACUGUUAAAAUAUGGGAUGUCUUCAGUGGGCAAUGUGUGAGGACACUUCAACAUAAAGGUCCAGUUACUAACACAUUAAUUGUUCCUACCCCUCCAUCUGUGAUAAAUGCUGAAAUUAAGCCAACACUCCAUCUUCAGAUGUUCAAACGUCAUUUGUAUACAGGGGCAGAUAACUCUGAAGAUAGUGGUGCGUUAAAUAUACGUAUUAGUGGACACGAGAGAGGAGAUAUCAAAGAUGUUGAUAUGUCAGAGUUACUAAAAGAACAGUUUAGUGAUAGCAAAAUUUCAAACUUGAAGGAAGAGCUGCAGCAAGUUAAAGCCAUCAAUCAAGAGAUGUUUAAUUUUACUGUUGAAAAAAUCUUACAUAAUAAAAAUCCUUGAUGAUGAAAAAAA